GUUUAACAAUGGCGGACGGGCUGAAAAUACGGAUGAGGCUUCUUCACUAAUUUUUUCCCACUCAUAACUUCACUAAAAGGUAACAUUUGAAUAUUGACUGCACACUUGAGUGGAAAUGGCUGAACAAGUUCCAAAAAUGAAGUUGAAGAAAGGUGUCAAACCAAAGAAAAAAGCUGAAGAAGAUGCAAAUGAAGAAGAAGAAGAGCCACAGGGAGCCUCAGCAGUUGUAGAAGUGGAGGAUGAAGAAGUGACACCGAAGAUAAAGAAGAAGGGCAAAGGAAAAAAGAAAGGGAAGAAAAGGGCAGUAGAAAGGGAGGAAACUCCACAAGAAAAUAUUCCAAAGGAAGACUCCACAGUGUCUCCACCUACAGUUAAAGAUGAAGAAUCAAAGGAGAAUCCACCAGAGCCAUCUACAUCAACAGUGGCUGCCCCUACAGGUGACAAGACUGUGAAAAGUCAGGUGAAGCCAUCGUCUUCAUUACCUGUAGCGCCAUCUACAGUUGAGGGUGAGGAGGCAAUAAGCCGCCAGCCAUGGGAUUCGGAUUCUGCACCAGCGCCCCCUUCAACAUCAAAUCCAGAUGCUCCUGACGACUUAGAGGGGAAAUCGAUAAAAGAACCAAAACCAGCUUCUCGGCCAGCCAGUGCAGAAAGACCCGCGACAGGUCCUGGAGCUGAGAAAGAUGGCUUUCCUACGCAAAUACAACAGCGGCAAACUGCUACGCACAUUACAACUAGUACACCUAAGAAAACCAGCUACAAGUUUGAGGCCAGAGAGUUUGAUAACCUGGACCCCAAGGAAUACGGCAUUGAACUGAGUGAUGAGGAAUUCAAAUAUGAACCUCCUGCUGAAGAUCACACACUGCCUGAUCUCUAUCGCCUCAUGGACACUCUGGAAGGGGGUGACUCGGACCUCGAGACUUCUCAGCGCCCUCCUGCUCUCUUCACGCGCCCGGAGCAUGUCCCAAAUUACCAGAAAAUUUCUGAACUUCGCCUGGCGAUGGAGGAGGAGGAUAUUCAAGAGUAUGUGGAGGGGUUUGAGACUGAUGUUAGAGACGAGGUGCUUAUGAUAGGGAACAUUUCAUUGGAGGAGAUUCAGGAAGAAGAGAAGCGACUUCGAGAUGAGCACAUAGCUUACCAGCAACAGGAGGCAGAGAUUGCUCGUCAGCGCCAGGAAGGAAUUCUCAUCAGCGAGGAGCAGGCCAAGAAGCGUAUGGCAAAGAGGCUGAAAGAGAAACGCAGACUUCUGGCUAAGAGAGAGGAAAUAGCGCAGCAGAAGGAACGUCUGUUGAUGGACAGACUUCACAAGGCCUUCAGACGGUCAGAAAACCAGCUGACCACUGUCCUGGAGAGAAGGAAGGGAGAAGUUAAGACAAUGUAUGGAGAUCUCACAGUAUCAGAUGGCCACUACGGAGGCAGUAAAGGCAGAAGAUGGAAGGUCGACUGGAACAAGACUCCCCAGCCAAUCCAAGUCAAGCUGAACUGCCUGAGAGGGGUCAAGGACAAAUUACCAGCUGGCCGUUAUGUGCUGAUGGUGUCCCUGUACAACAGACUAGGAGGUAUCGUGAUGAGGUGGUCCAACUUAAAGGGUCAGCAGUGGGGUGGGGCCACGCUGCCCACACACCACGACGGGAACUUCUACAAUGCCGAGUUGAAGCUGGAGCAGAGUGUGUUCACCGUCCUCCCCGCCAAGCCCUCAGUACGUCCAGGCAUGGUGCUGGUGUUUGAGCUGUUCCUCCUCCGUGGCGCCGUCGUACCCACUGACCGAGUGGUGGGAUGGGGGGCUUUCCCUAUCUGUGAUGGAAAUUUUGACAUCAUUGAGGGAAAAUACAAGUGCCCCCUGUUGAGAGGCGAGAUGGACACCCUGAUAGAUAAACACGAGAAGAUCGAGGAGCUGAUGGCGUCUGACGUGGACCACUGGCUCAGUAACCUCUACUUUGAGGUGGUCAAGUUACCAAGAUACAUGGCAGGUCAAAAAGAAUAUGAAGUAGAACUUCAGUUCCUGUCAGGAAUUCUCAGCCAUCCAGACCGUGUGAAUACUGGAGAAGAGGCUAAAGACGGAGAGGAACCUAUCCCAGGAUCCCACAGCAAUAUGGGGUCCACACUGACCAAGGAAGGGGCCCAGAGUGAAGCCAAGCUGAGUCUCCACAUGAGCAGUAUCCUAGGUAAAAGCAACACCACUCUGGCAGAUGAUGGCCUCAAGUCUGAAGAUGGGAAACCAGACAAGCUCCAUGUUGAUCUACGCCAGCGCCGCCCCAUGACGACCAUCGGAUCACGUAACAUUCACAAGGAUAACAAGGUCAAGGUCGGGAAUGAGAGUGACAGCGAUGACUAUGAUGAUGAAGAGGCCUUUAUGACCAAGAAAGACGAGGACUUCAUGCCGGUGAAGGGAGAACCUGGGCUCUUCUAUAAGAGACACAUGAACAACCCAGUGGAUGUUUACGCCAAGAAGCUGUACACCAUGCUCCCUAAGACACCCAUCUUGAACCCUAAGAGACGCCAGAGGAAGCUGACCCAUCUAGAACAGCUGGAACAACACAGCUUUAGUGUCAAGCCUCCAUUCUCAGAGAAAGGGCACCUGCCAAGACGCAGCUGGGAGAAAGUGAACUACGUGGGGCGCAUGUUUCUCGCGGAGUUAGGACUGUCACAGUGGAGAAGCAGAGAAUUCUGGGGAAUGGUGAUGCUGUUUGUCUUCAUCUUCUUCCUGCGUCUUUAUCUCCAUUACAUCGGACAGUGGUUGUUCUUGAAUGCAAUCGAGAUACCCAUCAACAAGUUUGAGUUCCUGCCUUACACAGUAAACCUGAACUACCAAAGCACCCUUCUCCACACUCGUGAAGAAAUAGCCAUGGUCAGCUUGGGGCCGUUCUUGAUCAUUUUGACCUUCACCUUGCUGGUCAUUAUUGAUUGGCUGAUGCAGAAGAUCUUUGGGAUGUUCCCUGACCUCGGCAGCAAGUUCAUUAUCUGCUUUGGUAUCCAUGCUGUUCUGGAUCCCAUCACUAUCAUGAUCAUAGAUCUGAGCUUGCAGAGGUACCUAAACUCUGGUGGUGACCAGCCUAUAGCAGACUGUGCCAAGCUGUACUGGCAUUUCAACAGAGCGGAGGGGUCGGGACUGGCGGGCAUCUUUAUCACUCUGUUCCUGUACUUCUGUCUCUGCUUCAUGGCCGCAGCUAUACUGUAUAUGUUCUUCCUCAGACUCCACAACAAUGGCCGUAUGUUGGAUGUGUACUGGCGUCUCCAUGGAGACGAAGACAUGUUCUUUGUACCACAUGACCUGGAAAUAUCCAAUCAGGAGCUCAGUUACAUCACCAAGAAGGCUGAGCAGUGGCGAGGUGAAGAGGGAGAGAGACGCAAGACGGCAGUGUAUGAUUACAUCUGGGAAGAAGAGAAUGUGGAGGAGAGCAUCUGGGAUGAUGUUCCUGAUCUGAAGAAGAACAACAAACGUGAGAUCACAACCCAUGUCUCCAUCCAUACCCUCCAUCUUGACGGCCUCCGUGAGCUCUUCCGACAUUUUCUACGUCUUCCGGAUGGCGCUAUUGUAGAGGUGUUUGGUGAGAUGUCAGUGACAGGGAUGGACAAGGACGUGACGUCUGCUCUCAAGGAGGGUGCUGGGAAGGUGGAGAACUUGAUGGGGUCACAGGCCAGUUUCCACAAGAUAAGGGGGCGUCAGACUGUCAUGACUGCCAGUGGUUUCCAAAAUGGCGAUGCAGGUUUAGGUUCGCAGAUCUUAAAGCCGCCAUCCCCAUCUGUGGGGGCUGCAGGAGUGUUUUUCAAGGACCCAGGGUCAAGGCCAAGCACAGCAGGGUCAGGCAAGUCAAGGUCAUCUACUGGGUCAAAGCCAAGGUCAAGGACAUCAACUCCAGAGCCAGAAGAAAAGAAGACAGCAUAAACGAGACAGCUGAUUUUCUUUCAAAUGAUGAGGUUGUGAAAUCAUUCCAGGUCUAUGUUCUUUUUGACAUUAAAAGACUUCAUAUUUUUCUGAUUGAAUGAAUGGAACCUGCACUAUAGUACAGUUCAUUUAUGAUAUGAUGCAUUAAAUCUGUUUUAUAACUCCUUCAUGCUAGUAAUUUAAAUUGAAUAAUUAUAUGUAAUUUUUGGUAAUUUGAACAGCAUUUUAAGGGAGACU